CUAUGAGAAAAUGAAGUCAAAACCAGGGAGCGAGAAAAGAGAACCGAGAGGUUAAAAGGUCAUGCGAGGUCGGCGGAGGCGUCCUCGGCAGCAUCGGGAUCGGCGAGGCGGUGCUAUAGCUGUGGUGACAUGGGACAUGAAGCGGGUGUGUGUAAAAACGGAUUGAAGUGUUUUGGGUGUAAUCAGUUCGGUCACAUUCGUAACCAGUGUCCCGUAAAUCCGAUGAGAUCUACGGCUACAGCAUCGGCAUCGGGUCAUUCAGGCGCCAAGAUGGCGGGCGCAGGCGGCAGCGGCGCUCACGGCGGCCGAGGAGGCGGGCUUCCGGUUCCGGGGAGGCCGGAAAGUUGGGACCCAAGCGACCCGCGGCUAUGUUCGGAACGGUGAACGAAGUAAGCGGAAACGAGACUGUCCGCGCGGUCAUAGACAAUGAAACGUCACUGACAUUGACAGAUGUCAACACUGUAAAUGUGACAGCUACGAGUUACGAAGAUCGAAACGUUAACAUCACGCAUGUAAACAAAUGUGUUCGGAAGCCGGUAAAAGACAUUAAAAUUAAUAAUACAGUUUUAAAUGCUCUCGUAGAUUCAGGAUGUGUAGCAGUCAAUGUUGAUCACAUUCAAGAUCCAGCAGUAAGGAGUGAGGUUAUGCAAUGUGUUGAGGAGUAUAAGCCAUUGUAUAAGGAAGAGGCCCCGAUCCAACUUCAAAUUGUAUUGAAGGAUGACAUCCCAGUGCGACAGCGACCCAGACGACUGUCACUUAUGGAGCAACAGGUAGUGGAAGAUCAAAUCGAGGAAUGGCUUGAUAAAGGCAUCGUGAGGCCUUGGAUGAAGUUCAGGCUGUAUCGAGGUUGAAGCAAGUGCUAGAAGUCGCAGCACAUUAUGGCUUGGAGAUUAAUUGGAAAAGGCGAACCUACUGCAGCGUGAAGUUGAGUACUUGGGCCACAGGGUGAAGGAUGGAGAAGUACGGCCGAGUACAGAUAAGGUGGAUGCAGUCAUAAGGUACCCUGAGCCAAGAACCCUCAAGCACUUGCACAGUUUUGUUGGAUUGACAAGCUAUUUCAGGAAGUACAUUGAAAAUUAUGCUUCUGUGGCGAAGCCAUUGACUGAUUUAUUAAAGAAGAAUACAGAGUUCAUAUUUGAGGAUAAGGAAAGAAAAGCUUUUGAGACACUGAAGAAUAAAUUAGCUAGCGGACCUGUUCUGAAGAUUUUCAAUCCGAAGUUGAAGACUGAAUUGCACACCGAUGCCUCAGGUGUAGCAUUGGCUGCAAUACUCAUGCAACACCAUCCAGGGUCAGGCUUACACCCAGUACAUUACAUGAGUAAGAAGACAACUGACAUUCAGAGCCGGUACUCAAGCUACGAAUUGGAAGCACUAGCCAUCAUAGAAGGUAUCAGGAAGUUCAGGCACUACCUUUAUGGUAUUCCAUUUAAAAUAGUCACAGACUGUAAGGCUUUUGAAUUAACACUUAAGAAGAAAGACUUGUCAGCCAAGGUAGCCAGGUGGGUCCUCAUGCUCAGUGAAUAUGAUUUCGAAGUGGAGCACAGAGCGGGCUCCAGGAUGCAGCAUGCAGAUGCUUUGAGCCGCAUACCAACAGUGGCAGUGGUCACUACUCUGCAGGAGAGUUUACGCCAAGCACAAGAUCAAGAUGAUGGCAUAAAAGCCAUAAAGGAAAUUUUGAGAGGAGGAAGUCCAUACGACGAUUAUUGGUUAGAAAAUGGUGUGUUGUAUAAGACUGAGCAGAAGCUGUUUGUAGUGCCAAGAAGUUUGGAGAAAGAAAUUAUUAACAGAGUACACAGCAAAGGUCACUUUGGAAAGUCUAAGAUGAAAGAGUUACUGAAUAAGGAAUAUUACAUUAGAGAUGUGGACAAGAAGAUGCAGGAUUUUUUAUUGAGUUGCAUUCCUUGCCUACUAGCAACAAGGGAGGAAGGAAAGUUCAAAGUAUAAGGAAGGUGAUUUAGUGGCGAUUAAAAGAACACAGUUCGGUCCAGGGUUGAAGCUGAAACCUAAAUACCUAGGCCCUUAUAGAGUGGUGAAAUGCAAGCGUAAGGAUCGCUAUGACGUAGAGAAACUUGAUAGUUCUGUAGAGGGUCCCCAGCGUUCAUCCAGUUCAGCUGACCAAAUGAAGAGAUGGCCUCAACACGGUGACGCCGAGAUGCUGGAGGAGUAGCAGUCACCUUACUCCGCAGGUUAUUAUUGCAGUUCUUAUUUCAGGAGGGGUUAACUUUCGUUCAUUAUCACAGUGCCAUGGCGUAGGGCUAUCUGUACCAGAGUAUUUACUAUGUUAUUUUUCUAUGUAAAACUAAACAUUUUGUUUUCUAAACCUAUAAAUUGUAUUAAGUUCGAAGUAACAUUUAAAUGUUUUUGCCAAUGUAGAGUUGUAUGUUUUAAAUUCAGAAACAAGAUUGUCUUGUAGGAAGUAGUUAUGUGUAUUAGGUUGUUGUAGAGUAUGGUUCCAGUUUAUUUUAUUUAACUCAAUUAUGUAGUGGUUAUUAUGAUGUUUUAGUCUAGUUAGUACAUAAGAUUUGGUGUAUGUCUGAGGACAGACAUGAGUGCAGGACGGCCGAAUGUGGGAAUGAAUGUCGAGUGGAAUGGAACGUGACAGAAUAUGAGGGAGGCGUGAGCGAGUGAGCGAAGGAGUGAGAGAGAGGGACUGAAUGAACGGUGUUAGAGGCAACCACGCGGUACUGAGUGUAACGAACGAGCCAAAGUUGUUGAAAUAAAAGUUGUAAUAAGUGUUUAAAA